AUGAAGACCGAGGUGGGGCACUGGCUCGGCCGGCCUGUGCUGCUCAAGUCGGUCGACACGACAAGGUCCGACGACGAGCAAGCGCGCAUGCGGCAGAGGCUCACGGCCGAGAUCCAGUCGAUGGCGCGCAUGGACACCCAACAUGUACAGUUUCUCGGGUUUUACAUCACGCCGAAUCGGGACGUGUGCUGCAUCACGGAGUUUGCCGAGGGCGGGACGCUCCGCCACCUCCUCGACAACCGUAACGUCUUGGAGCGGCUCACGUGGGGCCUCGAGAAGAUCGCACUGGCCAUUGACAUCGCAUCGGCGCUGGCUGCCAUGCACGCGCUAAAGCCCGCACUCAUCCAUCGCAACGUCAAGGCGUCCAAAGUACUCCUCACGUCCGAGAAGAUUGCCAAGCUCAGCGGCUUUGGCGUCGCGCGCGAAAAGAGCUUCGAGUACGACAUGGCGAGCGGUGUUAGCGAUCUGCAGUGGUCGGCGCCCGAGCUGCUCUUGGACGGCGAAGACUACAACGAGCAAGUGGAUGUCUAUGCGUUUGGGGUGCUCUUGACUGAGCUCGAUACGGGUGCGAUUCCGUUUGCGACGGAAAUGGCGUUAAUGCAGAAGGAGGAGCUCCGAGCCAAGAUCACGGCCGGCGUCAUUCGACCGAAAUUAUCGUCAAUGUGCCCGCUUGUGAUUCGGAACAUUGUGGCGCAGUGUCUCCAGCAAGACCCGCGCCUGCGCCCACGCAGCGACAAGAUGCUUGCCAUGCUCCAAGACGCACAGAUUGUCCUCGAAAAUGAGGGCGGAAAUGACAUACCGUAA